AUGGCUAGUGACUGGCCUUUGACGUUCUUGGUACUAUUCCUAUUUAUUGGUUUUGGGACUAAACAGCACACGCAGGGGGAGGCUAUCGCAGCAGCAAAGUACCUGGACUUGAGUGGAGCUCUAGCCUGGUUGGACGUGGAGUCAAACCACGACGUGCUCUAUGACCCUGCGGAGCAGCGAACCCACACGCGACAGCUGCAGCAGCAGCAGCAGCAGCACCCCCACAUCCUGACCCAGACCACCACCACCAGCACCUUUUUAGAGCGCCGCGCCCUGGAAAAGCGCUGUCGCGGCACCACGGGUGACUGGUGCGGCGGCUACGAGCUGCAGCAGCCAGUCCCCCUAAAGCCCGCACCCCGGGGCAGCCGGACCUGCCCGCGCAACUGCAGCGGUGUCGGGAACUGCAACCACGACACGGGGACAUGCGACUGCCCGGCAGGAUCCCAGGGUGAGGACUGCGGCACGGUGCUGCUGCGGCCUUGCACGACCCACUUCCGGCACGGCGGCAGUGAGCCCGCAGGGCACAUAGAUGACGAGGGCAGGGACCUGGGUCUGACGGACCCGGGCUACACAGAGUCCCGCUGCACAGGUAUUUGCGACCCCGUGACGGCCCGCUGCUUCUGCGACGGGACCUACCGCCGAGUGAACCCGCCCAAGGGCUCGCCCCCGGGUACCCCGGCACCGGUUCGCGGCAGGCCGCUGGGCAACCACGUUUGCCAGGUGAGUGACGACGGACGUGGCAACAAAUUGGAGUGGGGUCAGGUCCCCUGGGAGCAGAUCUACGGACCCAACGGCUGGUGCAACUCGAACAAACCAGACAUAAGGUGCGGCUGCUUGUUUGAUGGCUUCUCGGGUGAGCUAUGUGACGAGGUGACGGAGACCAUGUGCCCCAACCAGUGCUCGGGGCAUGGAGAGUGCGACUCGGGGUUUUGCAAAUGCCACGAUGGCUGGUACGGCACGGAUUGCGCGCGGAAGGUUUCGGGGCAGCCUCUGGAGCCAGGGUUACACGAUACUGGCAGUCGGCCCUGGCUCCGGGAUACCGUGAGGGUGCCGCCGGAGGCCGCUGCAGCUGUGGCCGGACUGGGCUCGACCGCCGCUGGUGGCGCUGGUGGUGGGGGCCCUGGGGCUGCUGGCCAGUCGGCGUCCAUCCAUACCCGGCGGCGGCCGCUGAUCUACGUGUACGACCUUCCUCCUGCCUACAACGCCCGCAUGCUGCAGUACCGCAACGACAAGGGGUUGUGCACCUGGCGCGGCUUCGGCAGCGGCAACCGUACGGAGAUAUUCGCAUGGACGUACGGACUGGAAGUACUGUUCCACGAAAUGCUGCUGCAAAGCGAGCACCGGACAUUCGACCCGGAGGCUGCUGACUACUUCUACGUGCCUGUGUACGGCAGUUGCUUUAUUUUCCCCCUCCACUGUUACGCGGAUGGUCCCUGGUGGCAUGUGCCCUCGGGCCCCCGUGUGAUGCACGUGACCAACAUGAUGCUGGAGGUACGGGACUGGAUACGAAAACACUUUCCAUAUUGGGAUAGGCGCGGAGGUCGUGAUCACAUCUGGCUGAUGACACACGACGAGGGGGCCUGCUACGCGCCGACAGAGAUCUACAACAGCUCCAUCUUUCUGACCCACUGGGGCCGUAUCGACAAGCACCACGCCAGCAACACCGCCUUCACACCGGACAACUACACGCAGGAGUACGUGCACCCGGAGCAACCCGGCGGCUGGCUGCACCUCAUCGACGGACACCCCUGCUACACGCCGGGGAAGGACCUGGUCGUCCCGGCUCUGAAGCUGCCCCACCACUUCCGGCAGAGCCCGCUGCUGUUCCACCCGCCCCGGCAGCGGGACAUCCUGCUGUACCUGCGGGGGGAUGUGGGGAAACACCGGCUGCCCAACUACAGCAGAGGCAUUCGUCAGCGGCUGUACCGGCUGUGGAGGGAUCAGCAGUGGCUCCAGGGCUACAACGUCAUGAUCGGUGACGGCAGUGACGUGCCCGGAGACUACUCGGAGCACCUGUCCAGGUCCAAAUUCUGUCUGGUAGUGCCAGGUGACGGCUGGUCGCCCCGUCUGGAGGACGCGGUGCUUCACGGCUGUGUGCCCGUGAUCAUCAUGGACGGGGUUCACGGGGUUUGGGAGGACCAGUUGGAGCUGGAGCGGUUCAGUAUCCGGGUGGGGGAGGACGAGCUGGAGGGGCUGCCGCAGCAGCUGGCCGUAGUCCCGCAGAGGGUGCUGGAGGACAUGCAGCGCAAGUUGAGGAAGGUGUGGCACAGGUACGCCUACGUCAGCCACCCGCUGCUGUCCGAGGAGAUGAAGGCGGUCCUCCAGAGCAACCUCGGUGUGUGGCGGGAGCAGCUGCAGCGGGUGGGCAAGCGGGAGGACGCCCUGGUGGCCCGCACGACCGCGCAGUUGGAGCAGCGGGCCGUGUUCCCCGCGCAGGAUGACGCCUUCCACACCGUCCUGCAGUGGCUCUACUGGCGGAUACCGCAAACACGCGCCUUUCGGUGA